UCCGGGUGCGCAGGUGUCAGCUCAUAGUUGGGACGAUAAAUAUUGGGUUGGUCAGAUUCCAGCUGCCUUCGGUACAUAUAUAUUUAGGAUAACGCCAGCAUAAGCCAUAGCGUUCGAGCGACCCCCUUAGCGGGGAAGAGAUAUGCAGACGCGAAAAGCAAAAUGGACCGCAAACAGCAUGAUCGCUGGUGCUGGAGGUGGUCUGGUUGCCAGCAUUGCGACCUGUCCGCUCGACGUCAUCAAGACCAAGUUACAAGCUCAGCGAACAGUCCAAGGGCAGCAGGGUUAUCAAGGAGUUCUUGAUAUCGUUAAAACAACCCUCAAACAUGAUGGAAUACGGGGCAUGUACCGUGGUCUUGGUCCUACAAUCUUGGGGUACCUUCCAACAAUGGCCAUCUACUUUGCGGUGUAUGACGGAAUUAAGACGCGCUUCGGAGAACCUCCGCUGGGCCAAGUGCAGAAUCAUGACCGAAUAUACCCUGCUGCACAACCUAAGGGCUACCAGCCCGCCAUGCGCGACCACCCAUGGACCCUCCACAUCCUUUCUGCGAUGAUUGCCGGUGCGGCGAGCACAUCCUGUACCAACCCACUGUGGGUCAUCAAAACCCGUUUCAUGACACAAUCAAGACGAGAAGUCAGAUAUCGACAUACUUUCGAUGCAGCCUUGGCAAUAUACCGCACAGAGGGCAUCCGAGCGUUUUACCGCGGGCUCCUACCCAGCCUCUUAGGAAUAUUUCAUGUAGCUGUCCAGUUUCCCCUAUACGAACAGCUCAAGAUGUGGGCCCAGGGUGACUCCGAUGGGCCGCUACGGAACGACACGAUAUUGGUAUGUUCUGGAAUAGCGAAGAUGGCGGCAUCCAUUGCGACGUAUCCACACGAGGUUGUACGCACACGGCUGCAGACGCUCCGAUUACCAAUAGCUGAGGAUGCAUCCUCGGACGGCAUGGUCAAAACACAUGCCCGCCGCGGAAUCAUUUACAUAACGCGCAAGAUCAUUCAGAAAGAGGGCUGGACGGGUCUCUACAAAGGUCUUUCAAUCAACCUAUUCCGAACGGUGCCAAACAGCGCCGUGACACUUUUAACAUAUGAACUGCUUAUGCGUCACCUCACUGCUCAACAAUGAGUUAUAAUUCUACCCAUUGCGCAAAUGUAUAUUGACAUUCUCAACCUAAGAGGAAAGGUGAAUACGAUGAGUUCAACACUGCAUUUAGAAAAACCUUUCAUGUAUAGAUUUAUAAGCCAGUGUAUGAUAUUUAUAUCAUUAUUGGCACAUUCUUUUUUACAUGGCGUGUCAUUCGCCCUCCUUUGCUGUGUUCCUCUGCAGUAAUACCUGUGCUAUAAUUGACAUCAUAAUUGGCUGGCACUACAUAGCCCAAUUGGCGUCCUCCAAUUUGAAGAUGCUAAUGUUAUACUUUGCCUGCGUUCAAUUAGGUUCAAGUUUUAUAAUUAAAUGGAUUGAUGCGCCCCCUCC